CUCUCCCGUCCCGUCUCCGCACCACACAGGCAGCCACACACACACCACUCCAUUUCUGAGCUCUUCUAGUUUGAGUGAGAGAGCAGCAGAAGGGAGUAGUGCAAGAUGCCGAUCCGCAACAUCGCCGUGGGGAGCCACCAGGAGGUGUACCACCCGGGUGCACUCAAGGCGGCGUUGGCCGAGUUCAUCUCCACCCUCAUCUUCGUCUUCGCCGGCCAGGGCUCCGGCAUGGCCUUCAGCAAGCUGACCGGCGGCGGAGCGACGACCCCCGCCGGGCUGAUCGCGGCGGCGGUGGCCCACGCCUUCGCCCUGUUCGUGGCGGUGUCCGUCGGCGCCAACAUCUCCGGCGGCCACGUGAACCCGGCCGUGACCUUCGGCGCCUUCGUCGGCGGCAACAUCACCCUGUUCCGCGGCCUCCUCUACUGGAUCGCCCAGCUCCUGGGCUCCACCGUGGCGUGCUUCCUCCUCCGCUUCUCCACCGGCGGGCUCGCCACCGGCACCUUCGGCCUGACCGGCGUCUCCGUGUGGGAGGCCCUGGUGCUGGAGAUCGUCAUGACCUUCGGCCUCGUCUACACCGUGUACGCCACCGCCGUUGACCCCAAGAAGGGCAGCCUCGGCACCAUCGCCCCCAUCGCCAUCGGCUUCAUCGUCGGCGCGAACAUCCUCGUCGGCGGCGCGUUCGACGGCGCCUCCAUGAACCCGGCCGUCUCCUUCGGCCCGGCCCUCGUCAGCUGGUCCUGGGAGUCCCAGUGGGUGUACUGGGUUGGCCCACUCAUCGGCGGUGGCCUCGCCGGCGUCAUCUACGAGGUCCUCUUCAUCUCCCACACCCACGAGCAGCUCCCCACCACCGACUACUAAGCUCAUCGCCGCCGCCGCCGCUUGUCCAUGAUCGCCUCGUCUCCGACUCCGAUCCAACCGUUUAGUUUCUCGCAUCAGUGCAUCAUCAAACCUGUUUCAUUUGCUUGGAUCAGUUGUACGUUGAACGUACUGUAAGUGUGGACCUUUGGGAACCCGUUGCUUUGCUUCUGUAAAACUGUGCAUGCAUUUGCCUGAGUUCCUUCGUUUUUUCCUAGUCAAA